GAGUGGCAGGGUAAUAUGAGCUUUUAUUCAACGUCUCCCCUGAAGCUGCAGCAGCUACACUCCCGCAAGAAUGUAAGAAAUGCUGCGAGGUACAUCCGCGCAUCUGACUGGCUGGAGCUGUUCAGGGCGCGUGACGUAAUCAGUGGGCGCGUGCUUCUUCCCUCCCUACCGAACUGGUUAGCUGUGUCCGUUCAGUGCAGUCGUAUAAUCUCCUGUGGGUCAUCUAAACACCGAAAAAUAAACAUGUCUGACUUCACAGAAGACCAGAUUAUGGAGUUUAAGGAGGCCUUCUUGCUGUUUGACCGGACGGGUGAUGGGAAAAUCACCUACAGCCAGUGUGGAGAUGUGAUGCGAGCCCUGGGUCAGAACCCAAUCAAUGCUGAAGUGCUCAAAGUUCUUGGAAACCCCAAAAUGGAAGAAAUGAACAACAAGCUGCUGGACUUUGAGCAGUUCCUGCCCAUGUUUCAUGCCAUUGCCAAGAACAAGGACCAGGGCUCGUUUGAAGACAUUGUUGAAGGUCUGCGUGUCUUUGACAAGGAGGGAAACGGCACGGUGAUGGGAGCAGAACUGCGUCAUGUUCUUACCACAUUAGGUGAAAAAAUGGCAGAAGAUGAGGUGGAGACACUUCUGGCGGGACAUGAAGAUGCUAAUGGGUGCAUUAAUUAUGAAGAACUGGUCCGGAUGGUGAUGAACGGUUGAAGAUUUCAGACGUCUCUUCCACCUUUCAUUUUUUUCCCCAGUUUUUUAUUAUUAUUAUUUUUGUAAAGCUGUUCUCGUCUUGCCCUUCUGUCUGUGUCAUCCUACCUCUCAACAAGGCUGUUCUGUUGUUACUGUAGAUUUUUUUUUAAGUGCCUUUUCUGUCUAAUGUGAAGAGACUUCAUCUCAUUUCCCAAAAAUGUAUUAUUGCUUGCCGGCACAAUCGGUGGUAAAUCUCUCUUAACGGGUUUAUUUAGUUGGUCUGAAGUUUGCUGUGUUUCUUUUCAUGACUUCACACAAUGUGAUCCGUUACAAUUAAAGAAUUAAAAAUGUUUAA